CGAAGAAGACAUUUGGCCGUUUGGGAGGCAAUGGACGAGGCGUUGGUGUCCUGCGCGCCACAGGUUUGUGUGCUUUUUAAAGUAAUCGUAGCGCUGCACUAUUCACCGUCGUCAAGGUGGUGAAACGCCCCGUGUUUGACCACAUGGAGACCAAAGCGGUGCUGAAUGCGGUUCCUCCCUACGGACACGUUAUUGCCACCGAGAAAUGGAGAAACUCACCCCUCAUUCAGAGCUUAAAGGGCGGCGGCGUGAGGAUCCUCUUCGAGGACGAGCUUGGCGUGGCCGAUUUCCACCUGCCCAACAAAAGCUGCGUGCUGUACGUGUCCGAGUGUGACCUGGUGGCCGGAAACGGCUACAAGAGGAAACUGGUCCGCUACAGAAAUACCAGCAGCCAUGGCUUCCAGGAGCUGGUGCUGGUGGAGAAAACCCGACUGGGAGAGCAGUACUUCGGCGGCGUGCAGAAGUUGGUGGUGUUGGACCUCGGCCUGACCCUGCUGCCUGUCGGCGGGCAGGCCGAGGCCUCGCAGCUCAUUGUGCAGAUCGGUCUAACGCUGACCGUCCCACCGCCUCCAGGUCCAUGGGGUCGGCAGAGAGAACCCCUUCAGGAGGAGGACCUCGUCCCGGCUGUUGGACCCGCUGGUCCUGGCUCUGGUGCAGCACGUCCCGGGGGUCGGCCGGGUCAAAGCUCUGGCCCUCCUGGAGCGGUUCUCCAGCAUCCAUCAGCUCUGCAACGCCGCCCCCGCCCAGCUGGAGCCCAUCGUGGGUCAGGCUGCGGCUCAGCAGGUCCACGGCUUCUUCCACAACCCCCCUGGUGCUGGAACCUGAAGGUUCAGCUGGGGGUCAUUGUUCUUGGGACCUUGAAUGAAAAACAAGUCUAAGUUUGGUUUGUUUCUGCAGCUGUUUGAACUACAAGAAGCUCAGUGUGUUCACUGUGGACUGCAGGAGGCCCAACAUGGCACCGAGGUGGUCUCAGUGACGUCCCCCACAGGUUUAUGAUCAGCUGCAGUGAAGCUCUGGUGGUCGCCAUCUUGGUGAGCGGAGGCAGCGAGGCGACGCAUCAGCAGAAAAUCUAUGGAGAUUUGCUUUUUUAAAUGUUUUUUUCCCAU